AUGCUUCCCCUAGCUGCAAAAUCUCAGGACCCACGGAUAUCAUGCGCCGGUAUCGAUUUGAUUUGUUGGUUCGUUCCGAGUCCCGAAGAGGUAACACCAGCAUAUGAUCUACCCCGAGAUCGAGAAGAGGGUGGUGCGAAAGUUGGACAAAAGGCUUAUUCCACUGGUGAUGCUAUUGUCAAUGCUAAAACUGCUGGGAUGACGAAAGAUCUGGAUAUUUCUAGCCCAGAGUACGAAUGGCUAUUGACAAUCUUUUACAUUUCAUACAUUGUAUUCGAAUGGUUUGCUUUGAUGUGGAAGGUUCUUCCUCCACACGUAUGGGCUUGCUUUUGUGUGGUUGGGUGGGGUACGGUCGCCACUCUUCAAUCAGCUGCACAAUCAUGGUCUGGUAUGAUGGCAGCUAGAUUUUUCCUUGGAUUCUUCGAAGCGGGUUAUGGACCCGGUAUUCCGUACCUCUUAUCCUUCUUCUACCUGCGCCACGAAAUCGGCAUACGUAUUGGAAUUUUUUUAAGUGCUGCACCAUUGGCAACUUGCUUUGCGGGUGCAUUGGCAUAUGGUAUCACCAGUGGACAUGCUGCGAUUGCCAAUUGGCGUUUGCUAUUUCUGGUUGAGGGUCUACCAUGUGUGGCUACCGGAAUUUUGACAUUCUUCGUCUUGCCCGAUAGUCCUGAGAAAGCACGCUUUUUGAAUGAAGAAGAGAAGGCCGUCGCCAGAGCACGAGGUGUGCGACAAGUAGGCGCGGAGGAAGAACGUGUUGGAGGUGUUAAAUGGGCUGAUAUUGCUGCAGCUCUUGUGGAUCCCAAAAAUUAUCUCACAGCAUUCAUGUAUUUCUCAUGCAAUGUCUCGUUCAGCUCCCUCCCCGUCUUCCUCCCCACCAUUCUCAACGAGAUGGGCUUUUCCUCCAUCAAUGCUCAAGGUUUAUCCGCUCCACCAUAUUUCCUCGCGUUCCUCGUCGUCAUCAUUUCGGCUUAUAUUGCUGAUCGCACUCAACAACGUGGUUACGUGCUCAUGUGCCUGUCCGUUAUUGGUGCCGUUGGGUAUAUUUUACUAGCCACCACCUCCUCGGUUGGUCCUCGGUACACUGGGGUUUGCCUCGCUGCGGCAGGUAUCUUCCCCGCUAUUGCUAAUAUCCUUCCCUGGGUCCUAAAUAAUCAAGGCUCAGACACGAAACGUGGUGCUGGUAUUGCAAUUCUCAAUAUUGUUGGUCAAUGUGGUCCUCUUCUUGGUACGAGGAUGUACCCUACUGGAGAUGCUCCAUACUAUCGCAAGGGAAUGUGGGUUUGCACUGCAUUUAUGAUUUUCAAUGGAAUUUUGGCCUUUACCUUGAGAACGCUCUUGAACUGGGAAAACAAGAGAUUGGAUCAGAAGUAUGGUGAGGUGGGUAGAAGAGAUGCUAAUGGGAUUGUGGUGGGUGAAAAUCCAAAGACGGGAGAGCAGAUUGGUGCCGGUGUUGGAGAUGAGAAUGAUGGGCCUACGUUUAGAUAUGUUUUGUGA